CCGUUUCACGAAAUGUGCCGUUUUACGGAUUUGCUGUGCUGGUGUUCGGUGAAUUUAAUUAUACGUUGUUUUUUCCGUUUGUAUAGUGGAAUUGUACAUGUCUAGUGAUUUUUUAAAAAUUUGCUCUCUUGGUUUUAUAUACUUAAAUAAGGCAAGAAACACCUAUAUGUAGAUGAAGAUUGAAGACCUUUGACAGCUGCAGAGACGAUUGUUUUGUUUCGUUGUCAUAUGUAAUCUGGUUAGCUGCUGUUUGUGUUAUGAAUUUCAUAUAGCAAACUUUCUAGUUGGCAUGUAAUCUUCCUUGUAAAUACGGUAAUUCCUUUUUAGUUUUUUUUAACGUCCAAUAAUGGCCAAGCAAGGACUCGUUAAACAGCACAAGGUAAUCUCAUCCGGAAGGCUGCUCAGCGCUGGCAGAGGAACAGCAGGGAAAAAGAAGGUGCAAGGUAGAUGUCCAGCCCCUGUGGAUCCCUGUUAUUCGCUUUAUUCCACAGACUCUGAGGAUCAGGUUACAACCAUACACAAAGGACUAGAUCGAUGUGCUGCUUUGUUAAAUGGAAUUCUUAAGACUGAAAAAACAGAGGCCAAGUCGUCUUGCUCCAAACCUGAAAGACCAGCCCCCUCAAAAGCCAAAUCAAAAUUAGCUCCUGGAAAAAGUGAGGCUGUGAGGAUGAAGCCCCCGAGGCGGAUUUGCUCGAUCGCCCCCUCAAAUACGAGAUCAGCUGUCCAAAAGAAGAUUCUGUCCUCGCAGUUGUUCCCUGCAGUGCAAGAGCAGCACUGUAUUCACGUGUUAGAGACUCCCUUUGGACAGCCAGUGUCAGUACCCGAGACGGAGCUCUCCUCAAGGUCCAGGCCAGGCGUGGGUCAUCAGACACACAUCCAGAGCAGCCUCCCAAUCACAGAGCUGAAGAAUCCUCCUGUUUUUAAAUGCCGGUUGACAACCUCCACGCCAAUCUUGAGUGCCGACGGGGCCAAUAAUUCAGUGCCCAGUGAACCUUGUGUGUUGAAUUCCGCACUCUGCCAAAGGUGCUCUGGCAGAGAGAACUACGCACCCCUCAAAUCCGAUCAUCUUCCCUGUUCUGACCCAGCAGCCGUUGGGUCCUUGUGUGAAGAGCCCACAUGGGGCGCUAGGCUGACUCAGCAGAGCCCUGUGCCAGACAGCCAGGGGUCAGCACUGCAGCGGCCAGAGGGUCCAGCUUCUUUACAAGCACUGUGCGAUCCUAUGCAGCUGGAGCGAAGUGUGCCCGGUGUGGGGCCGCAUGGCGGGGGUGAACUCCAGCCGGGGGAAACAUCGGAGUAUAGCGAGGGCAGCUCAACGGAAGAUGAUGAGCUGGACUGUGUGGACGUCACACCUGUCAGGGAUAUGGGAUGUCAGAGUGGCCUUGAGAAGCAUCAAUCACCCCCCCGGGAAAAAUCUCUGAGCCCCGAGAAGACUGCCAAGAAAGUCCUGACUGUCAAGGGUCUCCUUGGGGAGUUGAAGGCACUGGUACUCAGAAAAGCUGACUGUGAGGCUCUUCGUUUAAUCGCCGAGGUCGAGCAGAGCAUCAAUCUCCUCCCCUCUUUGGUGGGCGGUACCAACGUCCAGGCGGAGAUUGCGCUCGCCGUCCAGCCACUGCGAAACGAGAAUGUGCAGUUACGAAGGCGUUUGAGAAUAGUCAACCAACAGUUGAUGGAGCGUGAAAGAGUGGAGAGAGAGGCCAGACCAGCAGAUUGCAACUUUGAAUUAAUCUCCCUGCAGUCCGUGAACCUGUCACUGCAGAGUCAGCUCAAGGAAGCUCAGAAAGACAUAGAAGCUCUUCAGAAGAGGAACAAAGUCCUACAACAGGAGAACAGCAAACUACGGAAAGAUGCAGAGGACAAACAGAGAGAGCUACAUGAGAGCAAGCAGCAGUGUGAGCUGGACAUCAGUCGCAUAAAAAUGGAUGUGGAUGCUGCUCUCUCAGAAAUGAAAAGCUGCCUGUCCAAACUCCAGGAGUCACAAGAGGAAAAGAACCUACUGAAUAUGCACCUCCAGCAGAAGGAGGCAGAGAUCAACAGGUUGAAAGAGCUGACCAGGCAUCUUCCUGAUAACCAAUCCGGUCUCUCAGAGUUUCAUCGGGAAAAUGAUGCAUUCAAUCCAACUUCACACCUGAGUAAAACUGUUUUGGACUUGUUUGAAGAUGAGCAGAAGGUGGCCUGCCCGUUUGAUCCUGCUUCUGAUCCUGUGCACGUGUACCUGAAGACUUUGGAUACAAGCGGCCAGGUGCCUUUGAAUCAUGGGUACUCUUCUGACAAACCCACUACUUGCUCUGGGUGGAACAGCAGAGGAACAGUCAAGCUGCCAGAAAGCUCCCGCUCACCAAAGCACAGAGAUAUUGCCACCACUGAGAAUAAGCUUUUUAAUUUCACCCUAUGCAAGGUUCCAGAGUUAGAGAAGAUCACCUACAUCCCAUUGAAAGAAACCAAAAAAGUACAGUCAGUAAGUCCACCAAAAUUGUUGGAAAAUAAAAACAUAGUGCUAAAUGGACAAGAGCCAAAGAUCUUAUCACACUCCUUGGAAAAAUUACACCUUUGCAAGAAUCAUUUAUCUGUUACUGAUCAUGACUUCCCUAUAACGAACUUGGCUGUGACUCAUCCUUCUCGUUCUAAAAACGUCACACCGUUAAGCGAACAGCAGCACCUUGUUCCUCCCAAAAACAUUGGAGUAAACGUGAACAGGGCCAGUGUGUCCACCCUGGAUUCUACCUUCUUGUCCUCCGAAGCCAAGUCCAUGGUUUCUAACUGCAGCUCCAGCUCCUGGACCACAUUCAACACCCAGGAUGAGCUGGACUUCAGGAGCGGGUUAGCAGCUCUCGAUGCCAGCAUUGCCAACCUCCAGAAGACACUCCAGUCUGAUCUCAAGAUAUGAGUUUUGACACCACUUAUGUGUUUUCAGUAGAUGCUAAGAUGUUUGAAUUGUAAGUAAAAAAGGAUUCAUUAGAUUUUUUUUAUUGGAACAACUAUUAAAAUUACAUAAUUUAACAGAAAAGCGUAGGAUUUUUAAUUUGGUGGCAAUUUUUUAACCAUCUGUUUUGAUGAAUUAUGGGUACAGUACUUUGUCAAAUCACAGGACAAGUUUUAAUGUAAACUAUUUUUCUGUAUUAUGUGUGCUUUUAAAUGUUGUUUUUCCACUUUUGCUAAUUUAAUAAAUAAUUUUUAAACCCAUCG